CCUUCUACACCUCUUGCAUUAACCAUUCGCCUUUCUUACAACGUAAAAUGAAGUUGUAUCUCGUACUCACUAUCGUCUUUGGACUGGCUCAUGUAGAACAUGUUGUGGGUGUGCGCAAAUGUAGCCUAGAGGUCAUAGCGAAGAUAAACCAACUUUGGGCGGAUGAAGGAAUACCAACCGAUUUGAUCAAACAGGCUGUAGCAGCAGGAAAACAAAACAUUAUACUAACCAGUGCGGGCUACUAUCCUGAAGGUACCACUUGUGCAUACACACUUUUCGCUAAAGAUGGUAAAACUGUAAAACUGACAACUGUCAAGGGCAAAGAGGCCUCGGAAAGAACCGAAAAGAAUUAUGAAUCAGGUGGAAUAGUCAUGGAAGAGGGCACUGGCAUCAAGAGGUAUCACGUAUUCAGCCAAGACGGCGUAGCUGCUUGGUACAAAUGUGGAAAUGGAGAUGAUGCUACUGUUGGAAAACCUGAGGGGGCAAUCAAGGUUCCUAAUGGCCCGAAGUACAACAAAGAACUUGUCGCUGAUGCCAAAAAGAAACUAGAAUCUGUCGGUGUUGUUUUAACUGACAACUACAAUUCGUACUGUUAACGGUGAAGAAAAUAUAAUUGGAAAAAAUUCUCAUUUUGUUGUUUAUUUGGUUGGUAUUGUUUACCAUCUUAACAUACAAAUUUCCUUAACUGAGUUUACAAUUACUACUGAUGGUAAUAAAUAUUAACAUGGUAAUCAAAAUUGUAUCGUAACUUUACAAAUAAACAAAUUUGCACAUGA